CAUUGAUGAACUUGGGAGCAACCAGCUUCAGUGUCCUUAUAUCCAAGAAAAGGAAUGAGAAGAGGAAUUCUGAUAAAAAUAUUCUUGGAGCAUUCCAACUCAACGAAGGCAUCAAAAAUUCCAGUAAUGAUAGGAGCAUCACUUCAAUAAAAGCUAAAAGAUUCAAGUAUUCCAACAAUAAGAAGAAGAGACCCAUUGGUAUCAAGAUUGGCAUGAGAUACUCAAAAAUAGAGAAAGAGAGGAUGUCUCCAAUGCAGAAUUUCGAAGAUUUAUUCAAGCCAAAAUAAUUUUCAUAGUCUGAAUAGCGUAUCUAUUACAGAGCAUGAGACUUAUGAACUCCCUCAAAUUAACCCAGAGAGCAGCACUAAGAAUGUACAAAGCAAUAAUAGUUUUAAGCAAAGGUUUUCAAUGCAACAUAAGAAGCUAGAACCUAUUCGUACGAUAUGUUCCUUUCGGAAUAGGAGAUCUACUAUGAAUGCAGAUUCUGGGGAUGAUAAUUCCUCUCACAGCCCGAUGACUUCCACUAUAAAGCCUCCAUUACAUCCUCUUGUGUUGAAGAAAUAAAGAAGAGACAUUUGAGGAAGAAAUAAGCAAUUUGAAGGCCCAGAAUACCCCAUUAGGCAAUGAUACUCCUCCUCAGCAGUUGUAUAAGUCAAAGACUAGAGGUCCAGCAACAGAGGAUGAGAUAAUGUCCAUCCUGGUUAACAAAGUCGUUGAGAACAACGUCUACAAAGACUAUGAAGAAGGCAAGGAGGAAGUCCAGACUGAGGAAUUCGAUUACUUCAAUGACAAGCUCCUCAAGUUCAAACUCAUGAAGGUCAAAAACAUCUUGGCGCCUACCUACGAGAUGAACAAAGAAGAAGGUGAGAAGAUUAGGCACAAGAUCAAGAUGGAUGCCCAGAAUGAGAUGGAUACAAUCAUCAAGAAAACCCUUAAUGAGAAUCUUAAGUUGAGCAAGAAGGGCAAAACUCGAAUUUUACAGAAGAAACUCACUGAAGUAUCCUCUGAUAGUACCUCAGAGGGAUCAAACUCGUUCCAGUCUAGUCAUAUGAAAGGCAAGAACCACCUGAAGAACCGAGUUAUUAGAAUAAAGCAGAAGAAAAAGAAUAAGAAAAGUUUAAUGAGCAAGCUUGAUGUAAUCCGCAAUAAUAUUUACCGUAAGAAAAUGACUGAAAAUGUGAAUACUAAGAGCUUAAAUCAUACCAAUGACCCUUUCCUCUCCCUUCAGGACUUGAAGAAGGAGACGAAACGCAAAGGGAUCUUUGAUAGGAAGAAAGAGGCCAAGAAUGGCCUCAAGUCUACUUUAGACACCCACUCAGAACAGACCAAGAGAUCUGUUCUGAACCUUAAUCAUGUUGAGGACUUCUUUGAAGAUCAUGAAUAG